AUGAGCAGUAAUAAAGGAAAUGGGCGCUUGCCAUCAUUAAAAGAUUCCUCCUCCAAUGGAGGAGGAUCUGCCAAGCCCUCAUUAAAGUUUAAACCAAAAGCAGUUGCAAGAAAGUCCAAGGAAGAAAGAGAAGCAGCUGCGUCCAAAGUAAAGCUAGAGGAGGAAUCUAAGAGAGGUAAUGACAAGAAACAUUUCAAUAACAAGAAUAAAAGAGUAACCGGCGCUGGCGGCCAGCAAAGGCGAAUGGCCAAAUACUUAAAUAACACACACGUUAUCUCUAGCGGUCCAUUGGCGGCUGGGAACUUUGUAAGUGAGAAGGGUGAUUUGAGAAGAGGAUUCAUCAAAUCAGAAGGAAGCGGGUCAUCUCUUGUGCAAAAGGGCCUGGAAACUAUUGACAAUGGUGCUGAGAGCUCUGAGAAUGAGGCAGAAGACGAUGAUAAUGAAGGUGUAGCGUCCAAAUCUAAGAAGAAGUUCAAUAUGGGAAAAGAAUUCGAGGCACGCAAUCUCAUAGAGGACGAAGAUGACGGCGAAAGUGAAAAGAGCAGUGACGUCGACAUGGAUGACGAAGAAUGGAGAUCUAAACGGAUUGAACAGUUAUUCCCUGUGAGACCUGUCCGCGUAAGACACGAAGACGUUGAAACUGUCAAAAGAGAAAUACAAGAAGCUCUUUCAGAAAAGCCAACUCGUGAACCAACCCCCAGUGUGAAGACAGAGCCUGUCGGAACCGGAUUACAAUCUUAUUUGGAAGAAAGAGAAAGGCAAGUCAAUGAGAAACUGGCAGAUCUUGGACUUGAAAAGGAGUUUCAAUCGGUUGAUGGGAAAGAAGCGGCCGCUGAGUUGGAAUUAUUAAAUGCAGAUCAUCAGCAUAUAUUACGAAAACUAAAGAAAAUGAAUAAUAAACCAGAAAGAUUCAUGGUAUUCCAGUUACCUACUAGGUUACCAGCUUUUGAAAGACCCGCUGUGAAAGAAGAAAAAGAAGACAUGGAAACCCAGGCUAGCGACCCUUCAAAGAAGAAGAAGAAUAUUAAAAAGAAGGACACGAAGGAUGCUUUGUCUACUAGAGAACUUGCCGGCAAGGUUGGGUCUAUACGGGUUCACAAAUCUGGAAAACUUUCCGUGAAAAUUGGAAAUGUGGUGAUGGAUAUUGGCAAAGGUGCCGAAACCACAUUUUUACAAGAUGUUAUAGCAUUAAGUAUCGCUGAUGAUGCAUCCUCAGCGGAACUUCUAGGCCGUGUGGACGGUAAAAUAGUAGUCACACCUCAAAUCUAA